AGUGUUUUGGGGCCCAGGAGCUGUGGGAGGGGCCGGCGGCCUCACCGUGGUAACCGCUGCGCCGCCGCUGCCCCGCCUUGCAGGCCUCGGGACUGUCACCGCCUCUGCUUUGAGGGUACCUUGGCCGGGUCCCCGGAAGUAGCCCUCCCAGAUCCUCAGACCCUCCCAUUCUCCCCACGCCGCUGCUGCCGCCGCCAUGCAAAGCGAGGACGCCAGAUACCUCAAAAGGAAAGUUAAAGGGGGGAAUAUUGAUGUACAUCCAUCAGAAAAAGCUCUUAUCGUUCAGUAUGAAGUGGAGGCUACCAUUCUUGGAGAAAUGGGGGAUCCCAUGUUGGGAGAACGAAAGGAAUGCCAAAAAAUCAUCCGCCUGAAGAGUCUCAAUGCUAACACAGACAUAACCUCUCUGGCCCGGAAAGUGGUUGAAGAAUGUAAACUCAUCCAUCCCUCAAAGCUCAAUGAGGUGGAACAGCUUUUGUACUAUCUACAGAACCGCCGUGACUCAUUGUCAGGAAAAGAAAAGAAAGAAAAGUCUAGCAAGCCUAAAGACCCACCUCCUUUUGAAGGGAUGGAGAUUGACGAGGUGGCCAACAUUAACGACAUGGAUGAGUACAUUGAGCUCUUGUAUGAAGACCUUCCAGACAAGGUCCGGGGCUCGGCCUUGAUCCUACAGCUUGCUCGAAAUCCUGAUAACCUGGAAGAGCUAUUAUUAAAUGAAACUGCCCUGGGUGCGCUAGCAAGAGUCCUGAGAGAAGACUGGAAACAAAGCGUUGAGUUAGCUACAAAUAUCAUUUAUAUCUUCUUUUGCUUCUCUAGCUUUUCUCAUUUUCAUGGACUCAUCACUCACUAUAAAAUUGGAGCACUGUGUAUGAAUAUCAUUGAUCAUGAGUUAAAAAGACACGAGCUUUGGCAAGAAGAACUUUCUAAGAAGAAGAAAGCUGUUGAUGAAGACCUUGAAAAUCAAACUUUGAGAAAGGAUUAUGACAAAACCUUUAAAAAAUACCAGGGACUUGUGGUAAAACAAGAGCAGCUCUUGAGAGUUGCUCUCUAUUUGCUUCUGAAUCUUGCGGAGGACACGCGUACGGAACUGAAGAUGAGGAACAAGAAUAUCGUUCACAUGUUGGUGAAGGCUCUUGAUCGGGACAAUUUUGAGCUGCUCAUUCUAGUCGUGUCAUUCUUAAAGAAACUCAGUAUUUUUAUGGAGAAUAAAAAUGACAUGGUAGAGAUGGAUAUUGUUGAAAAACUGGUAAAAAUGAUCCCCUGUGAGCAUGAAGAUCUUCUGAACAUCACCCUCCGGCUCCUCUUAAACCUCUCAUUUGACACAGGCCUGAGGAACAAGAUGGUACAAGUUGGACUCCUCCCGAAGCUCACUGCACUCUUGGGCAAUGAAAACUACAAACAAAUAGCGAUGUGUGUGCUUUACCACAUAAGCAUGGAUGACCGCUUCAAGUCCAUGUUUGCAUAUACUGACUGCAUACCACAGUUAAUGAAGAUGCUCUUUGAAUGUUCAGAUGAACGAAUUGACUUGGAGCUGAUUUCUUUCUGCAUUAAUCUUGCUGCUAACAAGAGAAAUGUUCAGCUCAUCUGUGAAGGAAAUGGGCUGAAGAUGCUCAUGAAAAGAGCGCUGAAGCUCAAGGACCCUCUGCUGAUGAAGAUGAUCAGGAACAUCUCCCAGCAUGAUGGACCCACUAAGAAUUUGUUCAUUGAUUAUGUUGGGGACCUUGCAGCCCAGAUUUCCAGUGAUGAAGAGGAGGAGUUUGUAAUCGAGUGUUUGGGAACACUGGCGAAUCUGACAAUCCCAGAUCUAGACUGGGAACUGGUUCUGAAGGAGUACAAGCUGGUUCCAUUCCUCAAAGACAAGCUAAAGCCAGGUGCUGCAGAAGAUGACCUUGUUUUAGAAGUGGUCAUAAUGAUUGGAACAGUAUCUAUGGAUGACUCUUGUGCUGCACUGCUAGCUAAAUCUGGGAUAAUCCCAGCACUCAUCGAACUGCUGAAUGCUCAACAAGAAGAUGAUGAAUUUGUGUGUCAGAUAAUUUAUGUCUUCUAUCAGAUGGUUUUCCAUCAGGCCACAAGAGAUGUCAUAAUCAAAGAAACACAAGCUCCAGCAUAUCUCAUAGACCUGAUGCAUGAUAAAAAUAAUGAAAUCCGGAAAGUCUGUGAUAACACGUUAGAUAUUAUCGCAGAGUAUGAUGAAGAGUGGGCAAAGAAAAUUCAGAGUGAGAAGUUUCGCUGGCAUAACUCUCAGUGGUUGGAGAUGGUGGAGAGUCGUCAGAUGGAUGAGAGUGAGCAGUACUUAUAUGGUGAUGACCGGAUUGAGCCGUACAUCCAUGAAGGAGACAUUCUUGAAAGGCCUGACCUCUUCUACAACUCAGAUGGACUAAUCACCUCUGAAGGAGCUCUAAGUCCAGACUUCUUCAAUGACUUUCACCUCCAGAAUGGAGACGUGGUUGGACAGCACUCAUUUCCUGGCAGCCUUGGAAUGGAUGGCUUUGGUCAGCCAGUGGGAAUCCUCGGACGCCCCGCCACCGCAUAUGGAUUCCGCCCUGACGAGCCUUACUACUACAGCUUUGGGUCUCGAUAAAAUCACCCUCCCAUGUAUAACUCGGCUGAGGAGAGAUCUGUGUGCUGUGGGCUAACCUUGAAUCUUGACUUAAUAAUGCAUGUUGUUCUCCUGUGGGGCUGCGUUGCUUAUUUCUCCCCGCUGUUAGCUUCGGGUUAGCGCUAACCUCACGCCUUUCGUUGACAUGGUUGAUGCUCCACCGUUCACGCAUCCAGCCACAUCUUGAGGUGAAUGACAUUUCCCAUGAGACUGCUGCAGAGCUGCUAGCCUGGAAAAGCAGAUGCUACACCAUUUACACUACGUGACUAAUCUCUAUUAAAAGGUGGCAUGCCCGCAAAGGAGUGGGCCAAAGUCAUGUGUUCAUACUGUGUUUCACAGGAACCACUCAUGUACAUGGGAUACACAUACUUUUUUUUUUUUUGCGUUCUCUUUCUUUUUAUAAACUCCUAGUGUUUCGUGUGAGCCAUGCUGCCUUUACCUUUUAUUUUAAAUGAACCUCAUUCUUUUUAUCCCAUGCUGUGUCUGGAAGUUUCUUUCACAAAGUUUUUAACUAUAUGAGUUUUUUAACUUAACAGUGAACACAUGCUAUAAGUAAGUUAUGCACGUAUAGACUAGCGAGUGACCCAGAGUCCUGACAUGUUAACUGCAGCAGACACUGAGGAGCGGGAUCCUCUGUGAGUGCAGCAGGAGCAACACUGAGCUUGUAAGUUUUGUUCUUCUGAGAUGUACGAUGUAAACUGUGAAGAUGCUAAGUAUUUUUGCCUUACCUAAGAAAAUUAAGGAAAGGACUCUCUGUUCACUUAAGUUAGAAGUGGGUGGUGGGAAUAAAAGGGACACAAUGAUUAAUAAUGGGUUUUGAAAAUAAUUCAUUGAUUGUAAAAUACUGAAAACUUUCCUUGAGAAACCAAGCAAAUGAAUCCAAUAUGAGCACAGAUCAUCUCCUACUGAAGGAAACAUACAAUUCAGAACAGUGCAGGUCAAGGGGAAGAUUUCUGCUUUUAAAUUUAAAAUCCCACUGAUCCAAGUAUACUGUUUACCUUAAUUCACACGUUUCACAGAGUCCUGGUGCUGGGACGGUCAUCUGCCUGAGAAAUGUAAAGCUAAGCAACAGGUGUGCUCUCACCUGACACACACGGUAGUGUAUGAUCUGGGACGGCGUCUGUGUGUGCUCUACAACUCUGAAUGCAUGCAGCUAUUGUCUUUGUUUCCCUUUACCCACAAAAUAUUAAAGCCAGAAAGGUUCGAAUCA